AAUGGGAAUUGAAGCAAAAAGAGCGGCUAUGAGCCGUAAAAAGAGCCCCCCAAUAUUUUCCCAUGAAUUUAUUAUACAAAAUCAUGGUGACAUUAUUUCAUGUGUAAUUAUGUUUAUUAUGCUUGGUUUUAUGUUCAAUGCAACAACUUCACUCGCUCAGGUUUUCAUUGUUCCCCAAUAUAACGACACGUUGACAUUGCCAAAUGAAACAGAAUCAAGGAUCCUUUACAGGAAUGGGGUUCGUGAUUUGUUUACAAUUUUCUUCUAUACUCUUGUUUGGAUCGCUGUUCACUGUGCACUUCAGGAAUAUAUUUUUGAUAAAGUUCAACGACGUCUUCAUUUGUCGAAGACACGUCAAGUUAAAUUCAACGAGAGCGGUCACACGGCAGUUUUUAGCAUUUAUUCUAUUUGCCACGCUAUUAGCAUUUUAAAUGAAAUGGAAAUUCACAAAGAUUUGACACGAAUUUGGACUGGUUAUCCAGAACUUCAUCGGCAUUUUUCCCUUUCUACCAAACUUUACUACAUUUUUCAGAUAUCAUUUUGGCUUCAUCAAAUUCCAGAAUUUUAUUUUCAAAAAUUGAAACGUGAGGAAAUCUUCAAUAGACUUGUUUACCUCACAAUUUUCAUAACGGCUUCUUGUUUCUUUUAUUUUGCAAAGUUUGUUCUUUAAAUAUUUUUUAUUCUAAUUUUUUUAGUUUUACUCGUCUUGGACUCGUUUUAUUAUCUUUUGAAUACUUGUCUCAAGGAAUCUUCCAUACAAGCCGUCUUCUAUAUUUUUCUGGAAAAGUUCUCCCUGCUUCUACUGCAUUUAAGCCAUGGAAUUUCGUUUUUCUAAUUACUCGUCUUGUUUCAAUUGUUCUUGGUGUCAUUGCUCUCUGGUAUGGACACAGACAAAGUGAAGUUGUUUUUAUUGAUUUUGAGGCAGGAAACUUUAACACAAAAAUUAUUCGCAUAAAUAGUUUAAUUGCAAUUGUAUUAAUUCAACUUUGGAUGUUAUUCAAUUUUUCGACCUUCCACAUUGGUCGAUGGCGCGAAAAGGGCCGUGAACAGGCUGCUCAUUCUGCUGGAAAGAAGAAAAGCAGUGGAUUUGGUUUCAAGAACAAGAAGGCUGCGAAAACGAGUUCUGGCAGUGACGUUAGUUUUUUUUUUGUGUCCGGAUAUUUGGGGAGUGGAUACUUAGGAAUUUGGGCAUUUGAUACAAUUGUUGACUAUCA